GUGCGGAGAAAGGAAAUCGCUGUGGGAGCCGCAUCCUCCCUGCACUAGCGGCGCCAGAGGUGGAGGCAGAGAGGGCGGAGGAGGCAGAGAAGGGUGCCGCAGAGAAAAAAGUGUCAAAGCCAGUACGGCUUUAGAAUACGGUGAAGGAUACUUUUCAUGGUGCAUGGAAGGAAAGCCAAUGCGCAGGUGUACCAACAUUCGCCCAGGAGAGACUGGAAUGGAUGUAACAAGCCGCUGCACCCUUGGAGAUCCCAACAAACUGCCAGAAGGGGUUCCCCAACCUGCUCGCAUGCCCUAUAUCUCAGACAAACACCCUCGGCAGACCUUGGAAGUGAUCAACCUUCUGAGAAAGCACCGGGAGCUAUGUGAUGUGGUGCUAGUUGUGGGUGCUAAGAAGAUAUAUGCCCAUCGAGUCAUCCUGUCGGCCUGCAGUCCCUACUUCCGAGCAAUGUUUACAGGAGAAUUGGCAGAAAGCCGCCAGACAGAAGUAGUGAUCCGAGACAUAGAUGAGAGGGCUAUGGAACUACUGAUUGACUUCGCAUAUACCUCCCAGAUAACUGUGGAAGAAGGCAAUGUUCAGACCCUCCUGCCUGCUGCUUGCCUCCUCCAGCUGGCAGAAAUACAGGAAGCUUGCUGUGAGUUCUUAAAGAGACAAUUAGAUCCUUCUAAUUGCCUGGGCAUUCGGGCUUUUGCUGAUACACACUCCUGCCGUGAGUUGUUAAGGAUUGCAGACAAGUUCACUCAACAUAACUUUCAAGAGGUAAUGGAAAGUGAAGAGUUCAUGUUGCUUCCAGCCAACCAACUCAUCGAUAUAAUAUCUAGUGAUGAGCUCAACGUUCGGAGUGAAGAACAAGUGUUCAACGCAGUGAUGGCCUGGGUCAAAUACAGUAUUCAGGAAAGACGGCCUCAGUUACCCCAGGUGCUGCAGCAUGUCCGCCUGCCUUUGCUUAGUCCCAAGUUCCUGGUGGGCACCGUAGGCUCUGAUCCCCUCAUUAAAAGUGAUGAAGAAUGCAGAGACUUGGUAGAUGAGGCUAAAAACUACCUCCUGUUGCCUCAAGAACGACCACUGAUGCAAGGGCCAAGGACAAGACCACGGAAACCUAUCCGAUGUGGAGAAGUGCUCUUUGCAGUUGGUGGUUGGUGUAGUGGAGAUGCCAUUUCCAGUGUUGAACGGUAUGAUCCACAGACCAAUGAGUGGCGAAUGGUAGCUUCAAUGAGUAAAAGGCGAUGUGGCGUUGGAGUCAGUGUUCUUGAUGACCUGUUAUAUGCAGUAGGCGGCCAUGAUGGAUCCUCAUAUCUCAAUAGUGUUGAAAGAUAUGACCCCAAAACAAACCAGUGGAGCAGUGACGUGGCCCCUACAAGCACGUGCAGGACAAGCGUUGGCGUGGCAGUACUUGGAGGCUUUCUCUAUGCCGUGGGCGGACAGGAUGGUGUCUCUUGCCUCAAUAUUGUCGAGAGGUAUGAUCCAAAGGAGAACAAGUGGACUCGGGUGGCUUCUAUGAGUACUAGAAGACUCGGAGUCGCUGUGGCUGUGUUGGGAGGGUUCUUAUAUGCUGUAGGUGGCUCUGAUGGAACAUCGCCACUCAACACAGUGGAGCGCUACAAUCCUCAGGAAAAUAGAUGGCACACCAUAGCCCCUAUGGGGACCCGAAGGAAACACCUAGGAUGUGCAGUGUACCAGGACAUGAUCUAUGCUGUGGGAGGGAGAGAUGACACCACAGAGCUCAGCAGUGCUGAGAGGUACAACCCCAGAACCAACCAGUGGUCUCCCGUGGUGGCCAUGACAUCCCGCAGGAGUGGAGUUGGGCUGGCGGUGGUCAAUGGACAGCUCAUGGCAGUAGGAGGUUUUGAUGGCACAACAUACUUGAAGACCAUUGAAGUUUUUGACCCAGAUGCCAAUACGUGGAGGUUAUAUGGAGGGAUGAAUUACCGUCGGCUUGGAGGUGGUGUAGGAGUUAUUAAAAUGACACAUUGUGAAUCUCAUAUAUGGUGAACACAGAAAAAAGUCUUGCAUACGCUCCUUUAUAUUUGGAAGAGCCUUGACUUUGAAGCUUUGUACAGCUGAGAAAACAUUAGAACAAAAUUUAUUCUUUGCUGGUGCCUCAACAUGCAGAACUACAAGUCUAACGACGGAGCUCACCUGCAGACGCCUCCUUUGCACAAUACCUUUCCACUCUCUGCAGAAGAGGGUUUAUUUCUG